AAGUCCUGUGCACAAACAACUGCACAGUCAUACAUUUUUUUCACAAACUUGUUUAAAAUGCUCAAGGUUGCAGUUGCUGUUUUUGCCCUCGUAGCUGUGUGCUAUGCACAGCCACCAGAACCUAUAAAACCUCCAACGAUCCCUGAGACAUUCAUGACUGAUUUCAUGGUUCACAGGAGAGAUCAUGAGGGAGAGUAUAUGGGCAAAGGUACUUGGGAACGUGACUUCAUGAAGGGAAUGGCACGAGAGAGGGCCGAGUUCAUGAACAGGAAUGCUACAUUUGAAGAAGAACGCCUGGAGCUCUUCGAAGAGCACAUGAGCUACAGCAUUUUGAAGAACAGCACAGGCACCUUCUGUAGGGAGCACGAUAUUCCACAGAAUGAAAUGAUUCAGAAGAUGUGGGACUGGGUAAACUCAGACGAGGCUCAUGGAGAUAAACACAAGGACGAACGUACUGGCGAAAUGGUAGACCGAUGGAGUAUUAACAUGCCGCAAAGUUUCGGCAGACUCCAGCUUUUUGUGGACGAAAAGGAUCUAACAGUUCCCAUUGCUUUGAUAAGAGAGUCAAGGGGAGUAGAAGAGGAUGUGAGAUUUACUAACUUCAAAGCCAUGGAGCCUCCUGCGUCCGACUUUGUUCCCCCUCCUGCUUGCAAGUAGAAGUGACAAAACUUGAACAUAUAUAUUCUGUAAAGAACAUGUAUAUGGUGUAGGUAGAUUUAGUUAUUGUAGCCUCUGUUGCAUGCCAUUGGAUGCAUGCAAAUGCAUUGAUAAUGAAUAAAAUGUACAAUCUAA